UACGUACCCUACGGAAAUUGUACUUUGUCAUUCGUCACCAACUCCCAGCCGUACACAUGCAUACACAUAUACAUACACAUAUCUGCAUUCUCUACAGUUGCUAUUUCGUCCGGUUCUUUCUUUUUCUUUCUUCUCUCUCUCUCUCUCUCUAUAUUAAUUUGCAGACGAAUUGAAGAGUUGAAUUGAAGAUCAUAUGAUCGAUAUGUACGUAUACGAUGAGCAGCAAUUGAUCUCCAGCAGGGCGAUGAUGAUGGAGGUCGGGAAGACGAAUAUGGAAUUGAUCAGGAGGAAGACGACGACGACCACCAAUAUGAAUAUUAGCAGCAGCAGCAGCCGCCAUGGAAGAAUUAGAAGAAGAAGAUCAAUGGAGGUGGAGAAGGAUGUCAACGACGACGACUUCCAGAUGUCUGAAGUAGUCGACCUUAGUGGGUUGUCCAUGGAUGCUCUCCCUAAUCCUCUUCUCAAUCUCACCUCCAUCUGUAAAUUAGACCUCUCCAAUAACAAUCUCCAGAGCAUUCCGGAGUCACUGACGGCGAGGCUCCUGAACUUGACGGCGUUAGAUGCAAGAUCCAACCAGCUAAAAUCCCUCCCUAAUUCCAUAGGAUGCUUGUCCAAGCUCAAGUUCCUCAAUGUAUCAGCCAAUCUUCUUACACAUCUCCCCACAACCAUCGAAAAUUGCAGAUCUCUGGAAGAGGUGAAUGCAAACUUCAACGAGCUAAGCCAAUUACCAGACACCAUGGGAUUCGAGCUCCACAACCUUAAAAAGCUGUCGGUGAACUCCAACAAGCUGGCCUUCCUUCCCCGAUCGACCUCCCACCUGACCAACCUACGAGUCCUCGACGCCCGCCUCAACUGCCUCCGGUCCCUCCCCGACGACCUGGAAAACCUAGUCAACCUUAAAAUCCUGAACGUGAGCCAGAACUUCCACCACCUCGACACGCUCCCCUACUCCCUGGGCCUCCUCAUGUCCCUCGUCGACCUCGACGUCAGCUACAACAGAAUCGCCGCCCUGCCGGACUCCCUCGGCUGUCUCACCAACCUCCAGAAGCUCAGCGUCGAGGGGAACCCCCUCGUCUCCCCCCCGCCGGAGGUCAUCGAGCAGGGCCUGCCGGCGGUGAAGGACUACCUCUGCAGCAACAUUAAUGGGACCCACCGGAAAAGCUCUCCCCGGAAAAAAUCGUGGUUCGGAAUCGGGAAAUUGACCAAAUGUGGGACCUUUAAUGGCUCCACCCUGUCCAGGGAUCGUGACUACUUCGCCGACGGCCAUGGCCGGUCGCCGUCGCCGUCGCCGGGGAGAUAUAUCGGGAUGUUUUCGCCUAAACGGCUCUUCUCGCCCAAGUCCUACUUGUCGAAAUAAACUGACAUACGAUCCUAUGUAUGUAUGUAUGUAGAUGUUAAUUUGCGAGGUCGAAUUCAAUUGAAGGAUUGGAUUGGAUUGGAUUGGUAGUUUUUGCAGGAUGGUUUUAAUUUAUGAAUUAUGUAUGUUUUAGGUUAGUUAGAUGUAAAUGUUGAAUGUUAGUUGGUCUGUCUGUAAAAUUAUAUUGUUUCUUCAGUUCUUGUAUUGACUGCUGCUUGA